UUGUUUAUUUUAAAAACUAAGGUUUGAGCUUAUCAUUCAGCAAUAGUCUUCACAAGGUUGGUUCCAAGCUUGCCAAGCACCAUUAGCCAGAGAGAGAAAGCGAGAAAUCGUUAACAACGAAUAUUGGAAAGCGAUGAAAGUUCUGAUUAAUCCCGAACCAUUUCUCUCCCCACCAAACUCCAGUUUCCCAUACAAGCCUACAUGCAUCACUCGCUUUCAGCUUCGCCCCUUCCCCAACCUCCAUCGGCACCGCUGGAUCAGCCGAAGACUCUCUUCCACGCCGCCGCCGAGGGCCACGUUGGAUUCUACAACCAUCGAACAAUUCGGGAUUCCCGAGUUCGACGUUCGGAACCCGGCGCUGUCUUCCUCGUAUCGCAGUUCGGCGCUGCCGAGACCCAAUCAGACGGUGCUGGAGGCCCAAGCUAGGGUUUGCACGGGCCCAACCCAGACUCGUCCCCUCGACGAGCAACAAGCCUUCAAGGUCUUCGACACAAUCCUCAGAUCAGCUAGGGGAGAAAUGAAAGAUGAAGAUGAAGUUUCUAAAGCACAACUUGGGUCAUUUUUCGCGGGGAUGACAAUCCGCGCAAAUGCAUUUCCUGAAGCAACACAAUGGAGUGAAGGGGAAAACCGUGCAAUGAAGACAUUUUGGCCACUUUUGGUUAGAGUGCUUCCACCUGAGGUGAUAUUCAUUGCAGAUCCGGAAGGGUUGAUGAUGGGAGUGGGAAGUUCCAUUGGGCCGCAAUAUGUUGGCAAUGGCACCAGCGAGAUGCGAUUGGUUGGUGCUCUUAGGGAGGUGUUGGCUGGUGGCCAUCUUGGAUUUGAAGAAGUGCAAGGUGUGUUAAAGGAUGUCCUUCCCUUCCAAGAGGGCCAUGAAAACCCCAAGGAAGCAAGUCAGGCUUUACUUUCUGCAUUUUUAAUUGGUCAACGCAUGAACCGUGAAACUGACCGCGAAUUAAAAGCAUACUGCCUUGCAUUUGAUGAUGAAAUUGGCCCUCCUCCUGUUGCUGAUGUCAGAUCAUUGACUCAUUAUGGUGAACCUUAUGACGGUAACACACGCUUCUUCAGGAGUACGUUAUUUGUUGCUGCUGUUAGAUCUUGCUAUGGAGAGUCUUGCUUGCUUCAUGGUGUAGAUUGGAUGGCACCUAAGGGGGGUGUAACUGAGGAGCAGAUGUUGAAGUUUAUGGGGGCAAAUGUAAACUUAUCCCCCGUCAAGGCCAAAAAACUUCUUGAGGACGAUGAAGUUGGGUUUGCUUAUGUAAGUCAGCGUGAAGCUCGCCCGUCUCUCUACUCUUUAAUUGGGAUUAGGGAGCACAUAAAGAAACGCCCUCCACUUGCAUCAACUGAAAAGGUUCAGCAAUAUGUGAAGGCAAGUGGUAAGGAAGCUAUUGUAGCUGGGUUUUAUCAUGAAGGUUAUGAAGAGUCAUUGUUAAUGCUCAUGAAGAGAAGGGGAGUACAUUCAGGUUUGGUAGUGAAGGGAGAGGAAGGGGGCCUCUCAUUGACUACAAGAUUGCGAUCUGCUAAAACAACUAGGGGACCUCCUGUGAACUACUGUUCAGGGUUCCGCGCACUUGAUGUCUCGUCCACAUCUGGACUUAGUGGAGUGACACGUCAAGGUUUUAGUCUCGAAGUAAAUGCCAAGGAGUACGGUUUCCAACCCACAGACACACCAAGAACUGAUAGAUCUGUCUCAAAGAACAUUGAAUUUGGUUUAUCUGCUCUCUUGGGAGAAAAAGGACCAGCGUAUGAUCGAAUUGUCUUGAAUGCUGGAGUUGUGGAUCACUUGCUUGGAGUUGAUGGUGCAGAAGAUAUAUCUGCUGCACUGGAUAGGGCUAGAGAGGCCAUCGACAGUGGUAAUGCUCUAAAACGACUUCUAAACUAUAUCAAGGUCUCCCACAAGAUGGGUUGAAUUUUUCAUCGCAAAAUACCUUACUUUUACAACGUGUUGAACAUGUGAGAGAUUAAAAGCGUAGGAAUAACAUUAAAUGGGUUCCCCUUCUUGAUCCCAAGUAAUGAAAAUGAAAGAAAGAAAAAAUUGUUGAGA